CAAAAGUUGCGUGUUUCUCUCUCCCUCUCCCGACGGAACUAGGGUCUUGUUGCGAUCAAUCGGAAGGUUAUCGAAAAAUUUUCCUUAUACCUGACCAAGAAUUCUUGUUAAUCUUCUACGGCAGCGUAAGAAACCCGAGAAAUUGUAGAUUAAUUCUUCGGAAAUCCGCGAAAAGCUUUGGCUGUGGGAGGAAAUCUCCGGGAUCGGACCAGACAGGUGAAAUCGAGAAGAAGGGGGGACACAGUUAAAGAUGGGCUCGGAGCAAAACGACAGUGCAAGUUUCCCGCGGUCUGAACCCAAGCUCUGCGCCAAUGGGUGCGGUUUCUUCGGGGUACCAUCCAACAUGAACCUCUGCUCGAAAUGUUACAGGGACCUCCGAGCCAAAGAGGACCAGAAGGCCGUGGCCAAAGCAUCCUUUAAGUCGUCGUCAUCAACCAGUCUCCUCUCUCCUCCACAACAGCCUGCAAAACCCGACCCGGCUUCUGGGGAAGCAGCCAUUGUCGAUACCGAGCCAACACCCGUGGCUGCAGCCGCGUUCAGUGAGCCGUCGAGACCUCCACCGAACCGGUGCUCGAGCUGUAAUAAGAAGGUUAGGGUGAUGGGUUUCAAGUGCAGGUGCGGGAGCACGUUCUGUGGUGAACACAGGUACCCAGAGAAGCACGAGUGUAGCUUCAACUACAGAGAAGCUGGUCGUGAUGCUAUCGCCAAGGCGAAUCCGUUGGUUAAGGCAGAUAAAGUCCAGAGGUUGUGAGUUUCGAUCAAUCGGGGUUUCGUGGUUUUGUCGUUGCAUUUGAUCGGUUUGGUUGGUUGGUUCUAUAAUAAAAGUGAAAUAUAUCUUUAAUAAAUAAAAAAAUUUGCUACGCUCAUUAUUUGCCCGUUUUCGAAAUAUUACUAUAGGAGAUAGGGAUUUAAAAGGGACUGUCGGUCCAGAAACUCGGUUAAUUUUUUUUUAAGUAACGUGUGUAUUAAUCUCGGGUUUAGGGGUCGAUCAUGUGAUUUAAAAUAUACAUCCUUUCUCUAAA